AUGUUCACACCAAAGUUAAAUCCUCCAAAACGUGGCAGCUCAGCCCUGAAGGAGAAAAAUAACAGUCUCAAGGGAAUUACGAAAGAAUACCCACUGGACAGUCUGGCACCAAGCAGGCUGAGUGCACGAGUUGAUGUUUCAAAUCAGCCAACACCUGUUUCCUGCAUUCAGUACUCGGGAGAUGGAAAGCUACUGGCUGUUGGAUUAGCUGACAAAUCCAUGCUAGUUUAUAAUGCUUCACUUAGUGGAUCCCCGGCUGUGUUUAAAGGUCAAGAUGGAGCAGUGAACUGCGUGGGUUGGACGCAGAAUAAUAAAUGGCUUUUAACAGCAUCGGAAGAUAGGUCAUUAUGGAUUUGGCCAGUUCAUGGCUCAACACCAUCAUUGAUGCUGGGGCCGGAGAUACUUUCAAAGCCAGCACGAUCAGCUCAGUUCUAUUAUAUGGACAAAUUUCUGUUGUUCUCUUCAGGACCGGAGUUUCAGCUGCAUAGAUACCAUUUGGAUAUGAGCAGGGAUGACAUUAAAAGUUAUAAAAAGAAGAGCAAGAGCAGAUUGGUUGGCAAAUUCAAGAUGACUGGCACGCAGGAAAUCAGUUGCCUCUCUGCAGUGAACGACUUCUACUCUUAUAUUAUUCUGACAGCUGGCACAAAUCGUGCUUUGGAAGUGUUUGAUCUGAAUGUUGGUCGAAGUGUAGUAACUGUUCCAGAUGCUCAUACAAGACCUGUGCACCAGAUCUGCCAGAACAAUGGAUCAGUGUUUAGUACUCAGCCUUCAGAAUUCUAUAAUCUCUUUCUGACAACUGCUGUAACUGAUGGGAUCAAACUGUGGGACUUGCGAACUUUAAGAUCUGUGCGCCGAUAUGAAGGACAUCUCAAUCGUUGCCAACACUGUGGCAUUGCCCUGAGUCCCUGUGGGAGAUUUUUGGCUACAGGAUCUGAAGAUAAAUGUGCCUACUUGUUUGAACUCUGCUCCAGUAAUUUCAUCCACAAGUUAACAGGACAUACAGAAACUGUCAUUAAUUUGGCAUUUAGUUCUUCUGCACCCAAGCUCACCACUGCGACCCUGGAUGGCAAACUUCAGCUCUUUGUACCAUAGCAGCAGAGAACCCUGAGGGUAGAGUGACGAAGAGUGGAUUCAGCAAGUUCAAGUUGUCUCAUAGACCGAGAAUGGG